AUGGAAGGCUCAGAAUUCUCGGUGAAGAGGGGGCUGAAGCCUGCAGUUGCUGGUGCUGUGCCCAAGACAAAGGGAAGGAGAGCGCAAGGAGGAAGAGUGGUAGAGUCGCGCUACCUGCAAUAUGACAAGAAAGCAAAAAAGGUUUCUGUAGCAGCCAACCUGCAGCCCACCAUGCUGGAAGGGCAUGGCAUGAAUAUACCAGACAUAGAUCUUUCUGCCAUCGAUGACAAAGUCUUGUCCAGGAAGGCUUCCAGGCCAGACAGCGACAUGACAGACAAAGCUAAGUCCACAUCCUUUGUCAGCUGUGACAAAAAAAGGACACUUCGAAAGAAGAGACGGGAUCUGCAGGAGACCAUGGACAUGAUGGAGUCACAGACGCUGCUGAUGACCCUGCUGUCUGUGAAGAUGGAGAACAACCUGGCUCUGCUGGAGGAGAAGGCAGAGAAAGACUUGGCAGCCAUGCUCCGUGAGAAGGAGAGGCUGCAGAGGCAGGCACUGGAGCUGCGGCGCCAGCUGCUUCUCCGACAGAAACAGCAGGAGCUGGCCGCUGCCCUUGAUGCCCAGAUUGAAGUGCUGAGCCCUCUUCAGCCUGUGUUAGAGCGCUUCAAAGAGGAGUACAAGACCCUGGGCAGAGCCCUGGACACCACGCGACAUGAGCUUCCCGUGCAGGCGGUCCACACGGAAGGAAGUGGGCAGGGGCUCCUAGAUGAUCUGGAGCCAGCCCUGAGGACCACUGUGCAGCUCCUGGGUGAUCUGAGCAUCUGCUCCCCAGAUACCAGUGCACAGGUGCAGGGAGCCAGCACACAGGUGCAGGGAGCCAGCGCACAGCUGGAUUAUCUGCUGAAGGAACUGAAGGCCUUGGUCACUGAGAAAGACCUGGAGCUGAGCAGACUUGUCAGUGAGGUGGUGGAACUUUCCUCCCGGGCCAGUAAGGAGGCAGCUUUGACAAACCAGGAAGUCUGGGAAGAGGCAGAGGGCACCAUCACCAGCAGCCAGUGGUACUUCAGUCCACAUGCCUGCAGGGACCACAGUCCCGGCCAGGACAGGAUAAAUGACAGGCCUGACCCUUGAUUGCCUCGGGAAGCCUGUUCUGCCACAAGUGAACACCAGGUCCCCACCCUGUGCUUGCUGCAUGUAAAUAAAUGUAAAUAAAAGCAUGUAAAUAAA